CAUUCUCCUCUGGCAAGUCGGAAAGCUCCCAGCUUUUUGCAUCCAUAACCUCUCUCUCUCUCGCUGUUUUAGCUUGUGGUUGGGUGCGUCGUAUCUUCUUGCAGUUGUUGCGUUCUCCCAUUCUGUUCAGUUGCUUCGCUGGUCCAACCAUAACGUUUUUGCUCUUCCAUUCAAUACCUUCAUUACUUCUCUCUCUCUCUCUCUUUCUCUCCGUAUAAUUACCUCAACUCCAGAAACCUACGGAUACACAAACCAGAGCUCGACGUUCUACGCAACGCCCCACAUUUCUCCAUUUUCCUUCUUCUGUUCUUUGUUUUUUUUUUCCCUUUGGGGUUACUCCGAAAUCACUUCUUCUUCAUCAUCGUCGCGUUCUUCCCUUCAGUCGUUUACCCGUGAUUCUUCCUCCUUUUUUUUUUUUUUAAUUUUACAACGAUUCCCAAAUUGUUCUCCUCUGUUUCUGUUACAUAUGUUCCUGUAAUGACGUGAUCGGCGUUGGGAUCUUUCUCUCGCGUUCCUCCACGAUCGCACUUUACGUGCGUGUGAACUGCGCACUUUUCGCCCAUAUUCCAAAACCCACCUCGCGGAAAGCCGUUUUUUUCUCUCCCCUUUCUCUUUCUCUUUCUAAAGUGAACCUGUCAAUAAAGAGGAGCUGCUCAUCUUUCGCCUUUUCCAUUCCCUCCCUCUCUUUCCGAUAAAAGUCCCUGCAUUUCCCGGGAGAAUUUAAGGCGGGGAAGAUGGAAAAAUUCGAUCUUUUCAAGUGGGUCUUGUGCGGUAGUAUCGUUCUCUUCGGGUUCGGUUGUGAUGAAGUCGAUGGGCUCGGCGUGAAUUGGGGGACAAUGGCAACCCACAAGUUGCCUCCCAAGACGGUGGUGCAGAUGUUGAAGGACAAUGGGAUUCAAAAGGUGAAGCUUUUCGACGCGGACCGGUCCACGAUGAGCGCCCUCGCGGGGAGCGGGAUCGAAGUCAUGGUCGCGAUUCCGAACGAUCAGCUCGCUGUCAUGAACAGCUAUGAUCGGGCCCAAGAGUGGGUGAAGAAGAAUGUCACCACCUAUAACUUCACUGGAGGAGUUGAUGUCAGAUAUGUCGCUGUUGGAAAUGAGCCUUUCCUCAAAUCCUACAAUGGCUCAUUUUUGAAUGUCACCUUUCCGGCCGUUCAGAACAUUCAAAAUGCCCUGAAUGAAGCUGGGCUGGGAGACACUGUGAAGGUGACAGUUCCUCUAAAUGCCGAUGUAUACGACUCGCCAGCAGACAAUCCAGUUCCAUCUGCUGGAAGGUUCCGAAGUGACAUAAGUGAAGUCAUGACACAAAUUGUGAAGUUCAUGGCCAAGAACAACGCUCCCUUCACUGUGAACAUUUACCCAUUUCUGAGUCUUUACGGCAAUAAUGACUUCCCAUUCAAUUAUGCUUUCUUUGACGGCGCAACUCCAAUCGUUGACAAUGGGAUUCAAUACACCAAUGUCUUUGACGCCAACUUCGACACUUUGGUGUCGGCUCUUAAAGCGGCUGGAACCGGGAACAUGACCAUCAUGGUAGGGGAGGUGGGCUGGCCCACGGAAGGUGACAUAAAUGCAAACAACGGUAACGCGUACAGGUUUUAUAAUGGGCUCUUAUCAAGACUUGCAGCAAAUACGGGGACUCCACUUCGGCCAGGCUAUAUAGAAGUGUAUUUGUUCGGUCUUAUUGACGAGGACGCCAAGAGCAUUGCACCGGGCAACUUCGAGCGGCACUGGGGCCUUUUCAGAUACGAUGGACAGCCUAAAUUUCCGAUCGAUCUCUCUGGUCAGGGUCAAAAUAAGUUGCUAAUUCCUGCGCAAAAUGUGGAAUAUCAGUCUCAGAAGUGGUGCAUGUUUAAUCCGAAUGCCAAGGACCUGAGCAAACUAGCAGAUAACAUAAACUUUGCUUGCACGUAUGCAGACUGCACAACUCUCGGAUACGGGUCUUCCUGUAACACAUUGGAUGCCAAUGGGAACGCCUCAUAUGCGUUCAAUGUGUAUUUCCAGGUUCAGAAUCAGGAUCCUGACAGCUGUAAUUUCCAAGGUUUGGCGAUGGUUACCGCUCAAAAUAUAUCACAAGGGAACUGCAAUUUCACAAUUCAGCUAGCUUCAUCCUCCACUUCUAUAUUGCCCCCGCUGAUUGCGUUGGCAGCAAUUUCAAUGGCUUAUACCUUUUUGUUACUAUAGUCUUGAUUGUAGAUAUCAGUGUGAUGAUUUAUUUGUUAAAUUGAAAGUCUCUUGUAUCUCCCAUUUGAUUGAUUUGUAGUUUGACAUGACAAUGUUAACAGAGCUCAUCUUCCUUCUA